AAGAGCUCUAACAUAGACCUGCUUCGCGGGAAAGUGGGUCAGCGGUCCUUUAGUCACUUUCACUUAUUACAUGGACGCCUAAUCAUUUUCCAUUCUACCCCCGUGGUCGUCGCAAGUGCCACGGUAGGGGGUUCCGUCCGUCCAGGUCGUCCCCGCUCAGAUCCGGACCGGACAGUCAGUUGGGUACCUUCACCGACGACAAGCGUGCGUCGCACAAUCCUCUAUACCCAUAGUCCGUUCGUUGCGUGUGCCGCGAGUGUUCUUUCAUUCAGUGUGAUACAACCGCACAAGGAUUACGUUUUUCACUGCCAACUUGGAUUACUUACAGUGCUGUGAUCGCAACCCUUAUGAGGGUCUCAUUGAUACCAAACAAUCUCAGUUUGACAAUUAACCGUUUUACGUAUUGUAAAUCAGUGGAUUACGCGUGACAUCGACUUAACUCUAUGUGUGUCCACAUGUGAAAUGUUACUUGAAAUGGAUAACCAUUCGACUCUGUUGCUAUCCUCGCCUUUCGAACAGAACUCGGGAGAUUCGCCGGCCGCCUGUUCUCAGUCCUCGAGCCCGAUGCCGCCCCCUAACUACGGCUCGCCACCGGUCUCCACCGACAUACCGACACCCUAUAACGACUCGAUCUGCCAGCAGCAGUCGAACAAUUCCAUGCCGCCCCAUUAUCAGUACACGAUGAUGAUGUCGCAAUCCAUGAAUCACAUAGACAAUUCCUAUUCCUCAUAUUUGUUCUCUUCAGGGGCCAGCGCUAUCUCCGGCAUCGAGAUGGGCGGCGGUGGUUAUCAGAUCACGGGGCUGUCCACGUCCCUCACCCCCGGCGACCUGCCGGACACCAAAGACUGUAUCGAGGAGUUGUGUCCUGUGUGCGGGGACAAGGUGUCGGGCUAUCAUUAUGGCCUGUUGACGUGCGAAUCGUGCAAGGGUUUCUUCAAAAGGACCGUGCAGAACAAGAAGGUGUACACGUGCGUGGCCGAGAGAAGUUGUCACAUCGACAAGACCCAGAGGAAAAGGUGUCCCUUCUGCAGGUUCCAGAAGUGCCUGGAGGUGGGCAUGAAGCUUGAAGCUGUUCGAGCAGAUCGCAUGAGGGGUGGAAGAAAUAAAUUCGGACCCAUGUAUAAGCGAGAUCGGGCGAGAAAGCUGCAGAUCAUGAGACAGAGACAGUUGGCCGCUCAGACGCUGAGAGGAUCGAUGUCCGACUACUCACCCAGCCAGCCUGGCACGUCCCACUACCCGAACAUCCACAUCAAGCAGGAAAUUCAAAUACCCCAGGUGUCCAGCCUGACCUCAUCCCCCGACUCGUCGCCGAGUCCCAUAGCGGUGGCGCUGGGCCAGGUCAACAGCAACCUCCUGCAGCCGGCCUCUUCCAACCAGCAGCCCGCCCUCCAAAUACUUAACGUUUCUGGUGCUCACACUUCCAUGGUAAUGGGAGCUGAAAGUAAGAUUUGGGGUACGGCGAACUCGACCACCACCUCCCCGCACUCCCUCAGUCCGAAGGCCUUCCAGUACGACACGCUGGUGCCCGGUGGCGGCGCGAACACCUCCCUCUCCAGCAAGGUGUCGCCCUUAAUCAGGGAUUUCGUGCAAGGUAUAGACGAUCGAGAGUGGCAGACGUCCCUCUAUUCGUUGUUGCAGAACCAAACGUACAAUCAGUGUGAAGUAGACCUGUUCGAACUCAUGUGUAAAGUGUUGGACCAAAACUUGUUUUCCCAGGUGGAUUGGGCGCGGAACUCGAUUUUCUUCAAGGAUCUCAAGGUGGACGAUCAAAUGAAACUCUUGCAGCACUCCUGGUCUGACAUGCUGGUACUCGACCAUAUGCACCAGAGGAUGCAUAAUAGUCUUCCAGAUGAAACGACGCUACACAACGGCCAGAAGUUCGACCUCUUGAGUUUGGGCCUCUUGGGUGUACCUAGUUUAGCGGACCACUUCAACGACAUCACAACCAAAUUGCAAGAAUUGAAGUUCGACAUUAACGAUUAUAUUUGUAUCAAAUUCAUGCUGCUGUUGAGUCCAGAAUGCAGAGGCAUCACAAACAGAAAACAUGUUCAGGAAGGUUAUGAGCAAGUUCAACAAGCUCUGCUUGAAUAUUCACUCACUUGUUAUCCACAAAUUCAGGACAAAUUCAACAAACUCGUGCAACUGUUACCAGAGAUUCACGCGCUAGCAGCGAGAGGGGAAGAGCAUCUAUAUCAAAGACAUUGCAAUGGAGGAGCGCCCACGCAGACGUUACUAAUGGAAAUGCUCCACGCUAAGCGCAAAUAACGGCCGUUACCGUCCGUCUUCUGUUACCAUAUCCGUGUGCAAUACCGGCUUAAAAUGUUCGUAGGUUACUGGAAAUAUUGUAGCUGUUGACAAGAUGCCUUCAAGAAGUACAAAGAAAAAGAAAGACAGCAUGGGCUUGACGGGCCAAGGUGAAAUCGCCCGAUAUCUCAAAUUCUAGCUGUAGGCCACAGAACUCUGCUCACUGUUUGUUGUCGCAAGCAGGCCGUUCAUGAAAAAUAGGGCUUUGUGUAUAAUUUGUUUGAUGAUUGUUCUGCUGUACGGAAAAGAUGUGAUAACUUGAAGAUAAUUUUAUAUCUUACCUUUGGUCGUUGGAAGGGGGCAAGAACGAAUUCUGCACAGGGAUUAGUUUUUCUUUGGGUUCUAGCCGAAAAAACACAUUCCAGAUGUGCUCUGGAGGGAUUCAAGGGCAUCCUAGAAUAGCAUAUAGCAUAAGCUUAUGUAAAAAGGAAAGAAUGUCGACGAAUGAGAGUGCAUGCACUACAAGCAACACUAAUGUAGUAACUUAACCCUGGUGAUGGACUAACAAGCUGUAAUAUGUAAAUGUAGAUAUUAAAAUAUUGUUAGAUUUAAGUUAUGUUGAAUUAUAUAUGUUAUGUUAUAUAAAUGUGUAUAUAAAAUAAUGGGGUAUCCCGUGUAAGAUUUUCACAGCUUUAAUAUAUCGAAAGUUAUUUUAUGCUUCCUACAAGUAUUUUACGAAUAUAACUAUUAAAAAUACUAUUUUGUUAUUUUAUUCUAGCCUAAAUUUUUUAUUACUGCCAUGUGAACUCUACUUAAAGUCAUCAAAAUACAUCUACAAGCACAUUGAGAUUUUUCCAAGUGCUAAAAACCAAUUAUCAAAUUUGUUGUUGAUCAAUCAUUUUGUUUGUUUAAUUUUAGGAGGAAAGAGGUGGUGUUAGCUAGGCAGAUUUAUCAACUAAGUUAUCUUUAAUGUUAUUUUAUACUAACGAUUAUUGUAAUCAUUCGAAAAUUCAUCUGAAUAUGCUCAGGGAAUAAUUUCUCUUCUGUUUUUCCUCUCCGAUAUUUGAAAUUUUCGAAUCGUGAUCGGUGACAAAGUUGCACAACAACCAUAGUGAUAGGUUAGAUUUGCACACAUCACUCGAAACAUCAUUUGGUAUUGUGAGGUUUGAGAUGUUUAUUUACAUGCUUUUGAAUUUUUAGAGAUCCUUUUUAAGAUUUAAUUUACGACAAAAAGUUGUUAGAACCAGUGAUUAGGGAUAUAAACGAAAGUGGUGAGAAUCUUAACGGGCUGGCCUGUCUAUAAGUUUAUAUGAGAUAGAAUGUGUCUCUUUCAUCUUGACGUUUUAUCUUUGGAACCCAGUUUGAAGAUCUGGUCGAUGAUUUUAUAAAUGUUCAUUUCAAUAAAAUUGAUUUGAUAUAUUUUGAAUAUAGAAUAUCUGAAAACUCCCCUCCUUGUUGGGAAAAUACAAAGUGACACAACGAAAUGAUUAAUAUUGUGUUGAAAAUUAUUUCUUCUUUUGAAUUUGGAGUAUGGUUCAAUCACUGGGGUUAUUGGAAAUGAAUCAUCACCUUGAAUAAUAUACUUGAGAUUUUUUUCAAAGUAAUGAUUGGUGUUGUAGAAUGGUUGGACAAAAUGUGUAAAAAUGUUGCCUUUUACAAUUAAUCUCUAUUUUCGUAUAUAAAUUCUUGAAAUUCAACUAUUUUUGUAGCGUGACAUUUUUCAAAUUGCUUCAAAUGUGGAAGACAGUCAAUCCGAUGAAAAGAAUGCAUUCUAUCAGACGUUAAUGUGAGAGCAAGGUACUGUGGUCCAAGUGGUGUUGUUAAUGAUGACAUAAAUAUAUAGAACUCAGAUGAAAGCCGUUAAUAGAUAUAUUUUUUUGAGAAAUCUCUGCAGGCUACCUCCCCCAAAGCCUCCUGCGCUGGUAUCGCGGAGUGUGUUGUUUGUUAAAAGUAUCUUGCCCAGACAUGCUGAAGCCCAGAGCUUAUAUAUAUAUUUGAUUGAUGAGAUAUAUAUUUAUAUACUAUAAAUACGUACACUAUUUAAGCAGAAUGAUUGAAAGGUUGUAAAUAUAAUUUAUGUGGAUAAAAAUGACUUGUUUGUAGAAAUAAACCACCAACAUACAUAAA